CAACGAACUGCGGUAGUAACUUCCGAAAUGUUGCUGUAUGCAUUUUACUUUAUCGCGAUUGCAAUCGCAACCAUCUACUCGCAACCUUUUAAUGGUACGGUUGCACAGAACGGAACGAUCACAAAUGUAACUCACAUUACCCACAUCACCCAUGUGCACACCGUUGUCCCUCCUCAAAAAGAACCGGCGUUUGAUAAAACCAAUUUGACGGUUCCCAUGCCCUUCGAUUCUGGGAAUAAUCUACCACCGCUUGCAAUGGUUCCCAUGCCAUUCGAUUCUGGGAAUACUCUACCACCGCUUGCAACGGUUCCAACUCAGCUCCCGGCUAGGAACUACACGAACGCCACGAUGCCAAUACCCUUCAACCCCCGCAAUGAUCUACCACCACUUGCGUCCACUCAAACAUCGAUCAUUUCCGGCAUUCCACUGUACAAAAAUCCACACUAUGAUUCCUCUGGAAAGCCACUGUGGUUUCCACGAAUCAUUGGAGGAACUCCAGCAACCCUAGGUGAAUUUUCGUCCAAAGUGUCGCUGCAGACAACACAGAAUUCGGCUCACUUUUGUGGAGGAACUCUACUCAGCAUGAAGCAUGUUCUGACUGCAGCUCACUGUGUCAGCGAUAUUCAAGGAAUCCCGAUGAGCGUUACCAGGAUUCAAGCCAUGGCCGAUGAUUUGAACGUGCUCCCGAAGAUGGGAAGUCCCACUCGUCAAGUUCGUCAAGCAAAGUCACUAUCCAUCCAUGACAAAUACAACCCAUCGACCCUGGCCAACGAUAUCGCUCUCGUAAAGCUAGUCAGUGAAUUCAUGAAAACUAAUUCCCUAUAUCCGUCGAAGCGUGUCUCCAGUACACCAUCAGCCGGUCAACUGUGUGCUCUUGCUGGUUGGGGUGUAACCGCUGAAAAUGCACAAAACAUCAGUCCUUCGCUGCUGCGUGUGAAUUUGGAGGUGGUUUCCUUCGAGCACUGCAACGUGGCCUUCCAGGGUAUGUUGGUCAAGGGGAUGAUGUGCGCCAGUGCUCCGGGGCGUGAUGCUUGCCAGGGUGAUUCCGGUGGUGCCUUGAUCUGUCAGAACCGGGUUGCUGGAGUGGUUAGUUUCGGUUCCGGAUGUGCCCAUCCCAAUCAUCCUGGAGUUUACAUGGACAUAGCGCAUUAUGAAAAGUGGAUUGGAAAAGCGCUGAAUGGAGCUGAGAGGGGGGUGCAAGCGAAUAUGUUGACACUGUUGGUUGCCUUGGUAGCUGUGGCAAAACUUGUGUUCCAUUGAGAAAUGCCAUUCGCCAAAAUGUA